AGUAUUCACUUGGUAUCGUUUAUAGAUACGCGUUUAGUAGUGUUAUUUUGUUUAAUGAGUUGUGACAAUGUCCUAUGUGAGACCUGCGAGCGUCCCGCUGGGACAAGUAUGGAGCCGUUUCAAAGGGCGGGAACGAGAUGGGAAAUCAGCUAAAAUGUACCAAAUCCGAGAUAUGGAUCCGGGAAUCCGAAAUCAAUGCCUGGACUUCAUGCAGGAAGUGUUCCUCCGAGACGAACCCCUAUCUAAAGCACUAGAUGUAAAAUCAGAUCCAGCAUCAAUAAAAACAAUCAGACAAAACUGGGAGAUGUUUCUAGACCAAAAUGUGAGCUUGGCCUGCUUCACGGAGGACGAGGAUGGCAACCCUGACCAGCUGGUAGCUUUCAACAUCAUCAUUAUUAGGACUAUAGACGAGCCUGACUCCGAGUUUAAACACGAAGACGGAGAGUCGUGGAACAAACUGAUGAGGACACUGGUGGAAGCUGAGAGCCUGGUGAAUGUAUUUAAACACUACCAAGUGGAUACAUACCUGUCGUCGAGCGGGCUCACCGUACUGCCGGAGUUCAGGGGACAAAAUAUAGGCGCUAGGAUGUUUGCUGCCAGGGAGCCUCUCUGCCGAGCCCUGGGAGUAACUGCUUCUUGUACUGUAUAUACAGCGACCACGUCGCAAGUGCUCGCUGCAAAGUGUGGUUACGAGGUAUUGGGUACUAUGGACUAUACCCACAUGAUGAAGUACGGGAUCGACCUGAGUGGCUCCGAGUGCCCGAACGCUAAAGUUAUGGGCAUCAAAUUUGAUUUUUAACUGUUAUUUUUUAAU